UACUGAGAACGACAUCAAUAGUAAGUGACGGCAGAAAAGGUGGAGAGGUUCGCACGUGUGUGAAUCCGCAGUACCACUCAUUGACAGAUAAUCGUAGCAACAUCAUCUCCCCGUGCUGUACAUAUCGUAUACGAACAAACGGACGAACAUCUGGCCCCAGGCGACCAUUGUUUACACCACUGGGCCAACAAGCCACUGUUAUAUUGUGACCCAGGAUUAUCUCAUACACUUCCUUCCUUCUGAUUUGAAUCAGUAUCGCCACUCUGUGAGAUACAUGGUGAUGAUGACGUCAUUGAACACAUCAUACAAGACUGUGAGAAUUCUGCCCUAAACAACACCGCCUGCUUAGACAGUUUUCCGCCUUCAUGACUCUCGCUAUCUAAACGACGACCGUAUGUGUUGGGAUCGUUUGGUCGCAAGUUGUUUGUCUUCACGAAUCUUGCUAGGUGUUGUCUCACAGACAACCAUCAGUCAUCUUCCGGCUGUUUGGUCGCAAGUUGUGUUGUGCGUCUCCGUGUCUCUCGCUAGAUGUUGUCUCACCUACAAUCGAGGUUUCUGCAGUUAGAACUGCUCACAGUACAAGGGACUGCGACGAUAUGUGAAGACUUCAUACACAUUGUAGCAGAAAGAAAAUGAUCCUGUAAGGAAUCACUGCAUCCAAAGUCUACGUGAAUCACCAACAAGUAGUCAGGACAGUUAACUAUCACAUGUUAAGGAUGUUGACCGUGGCCAUGGAAUGGAUGACACUACCAGUGCUUAUUAUACUCAUGGGUUGUUUCCCUGGCAUCACAUGGGGGACAAGGGAGCAACUUCUCAAUAACAUUACGGCAGGAUACGACCCCCGGAUACCUCCCGGAUACGAAACGAACACACCUGUCACAAGUUAUGUACAACUUUAUAUCUUGUCCAUCGACUCUGUCAGCGAUUCCACCAUGGAUUUCGGCAUGAGUAUGUUCAUCAGGCAGAGAUGGAAUGACGAAAGACUAAAAUAUACUACCAUUGGAGGUCUGAGUCAUCUCGAACUUGACACCAAAAUGAUUGGAAACAUUUGGGUACCCGACCUUUAUAUUGUUAACGAAAAGAAGGCGUCAUUCCAUAUCGUUACAGUUCCCAAUAAACUUAUGCACAUCUAUCCUAAUGGCGAUGUGUUUUACAGUAUGAGGGUUUCCGGUCGAUUCGCCUGUAAUAUGCAUCUCCAUAAGUACCCACUUGAUGAACAGAGAUGUUCCUUAAGGCUGGAAAGCUAUGGCUACAGUGUGGAAACAUUGCUGUUACGUUGGAACGAUAAUCCAGUUGAAAAGUCGCCAAAACUAUCUCUUCCACAAUUCGAAAUGGGUGACAUUACAGAUCACAUAUGUGAUGUAACGUACGCGGGAGUGAAUUACACAUGUAUCACGAUGUCACUGAAGUUAUCAAGGAACUACGGAUAUUACAUGAUUCAGGUUUUCAUACCCAGUAUCCUCAUAGUCUUUCUGUCCUGGGUCUCCUUCUGGCUCAACAUCGAGGCUGUUCCCGCCAGGAUAUCUCUAGGACUUUUAACUGUGCUCACCAUGACAACACAGAGCUCUGGUGCACGUGCCACAUUGCCACGUGUGUCAUAUGUAAAAGCUAUCGACGUAUGGAUGUCUAUCUGCUUACUUUUUGUGUUUGCCGCUUUGAUUGAGUUUGCCUACGUGAACGUUCUCGCCAGAGUAGAACAAAGGAGGCGACAGACCAUACGAAGCAAGGGUCCGCCACCCAUCGACGAAGAAAACGGCAAAGGGGAGGAAAGUUCGGGUCCACAGAAAAUGGGGAAGUUUUUUAAGGACGCGUUACGAAGAGAACGUGCUAGAAACGUAGAUAAAUUAUCAAGAAUAAUAUUUCCUCUCAUAUUUGGAAUAUUUAACUUAUGUUUCUGGACAGUGUAUAUAUUCUGGCAGCCCCAAGAGGUGAUAGACGCAGACGCUGAAGUGAUGUUAGAGGGCUAACCGAAUAGUAUUUGUUUCAAUAUACUGUAAACAUACUUAAUUUGGCAUAAUCAAAUUUUCGCGCAUAACAUCAUUUUCUGGCAGAAUACCGCAAUAACAAAUUUACGAAUCUACAAAAAGUAUAUGUAAACAGGACACAGAAACGCCAAACAGACUAGAUCAUUCUUUAAGGCAACACUUGAAGCGAAAAAGAUGAUGUUACCUCUAAAAUAUGUACGUUUACAGUAAAUUGUUUCAAUAUUUUCUUGAUAGACUUAACUUCAAAUUGAAAUUCAGCUUACAAGUGCUAAAUUUCAUGUACUGAUUUUUUAGUAAUACUCUCUUUUACCAAGGUAUAUCAUAUAAAUGAUUCGAUGAAGCGAUUUCCCAUUAUUUCUCUAACAUGUGUGAAAUUAAUGUAAUAGUGUUGAAGUGCAAUAUAUUGAACCCAAUAAAUAUAGAUUUGUCAUUUUAUCUAUCUGUACCAUUCAGCAAUCUGUCAUCAGUAAUCAUCACAACAUAGCCAUAUAGUAUCAGAAAAUUUCAGAUCUCUUACUCAAUAAAUAUUUCUUGAUUAUUUGUUACUGUUUUGAUAUAUGACCUCAGUAACUGUUUAUAUCUGUAGCCAUGUGAAUCUAUCAAUGUCCCGAUAAAGUUAUAUCACAUCAGAGCUAUUUAGGUAUUAAGCUAUGUAAAUUUGCAUCGCAUUACGACUAUCUGCCUCUGUAUAACUACAAACUAUAUAAAAUCAAUAUACACUUUUUAUAUCUAUCUGUAGGAACAUAUCUAAAAACACAUUUAACGAGAAAAUACCAAUUCGUCAAAGUAUUUUCCACUGGUGUUUAUGCUAGUGUGAAGCCACAUCGGUUGCGUACAUUUCGCAAACUGUUGUAAAAAUUGGAGCAAUGUCUUUCCAUUUUUAAAUUUACACUUUACUAACCACAGUUUUUCAAUGUACCUUAAAGUUUCAGUUUCAAUCCGAAACCUAUUUAUCCGAGUAAAUUUGCUGUUAGAAAUAAUAGCUUCUGUCUAGAGUUCGGACGGACUGGUCCACAUGGAUAUCACCAAGACGAUGGUUCAGUGAUAGAUAUAGCUUACAGAGGUAACAAAUUAUUAUUUAAUAUUGUAAUAUAAUAACAUUCUAAUAAUGAAUGGAAUGGGAUCACGAUUAAACUCCAGGAAUCACCGAAAUUAGAAUUUCAUCUGGACGCUUUAUAUCAAGGUUGUUAAUUUUUGGUGAUGCGGCUCCAUCAGCUGACUGUAAUUGCUGAAGCAUGAAGGAGCCAUACUUCGAAAAACUACUGUGAACCCCGUUAUUUAUUAAUAACUAGGUAUAAGUAUACGUUUACCAUUAAUGUCAUUGAAUCACUGUAACAAAACAUUAUGUUAGACAAGUGUUAAGGGCAUUGAACCAAUUUAUCUGAUCUAUCUGAUAUCGGGUAACCAAGGACACUGACUGAAAAUAGGCUUAAGUAAAGCCACAACAUUGAAGAAUUGCCUUAAGAUAUCAUAAGAACAUCUUACCACAAUUUGUACAUGCGAAUCACUUUUUUCUUUUACUACUGUAGAAAUUGUUAUCUUGAUAUUUCCUGGAAAAAAAGAUUUACAUCUUUACAGACCUGACCAAAAUCCAAAUGGCACUAUAGUCUUGCAAUUUUCUUCUUCUAGUUAGGACCACAAGAUGGGUAUUAGUUUAAAUGUAGACAUUGUCCUUUUGACUCGUGCCUUCAACUUCAAUUGGUGUGUGGUACAAUUGUAAAUUAGACACCAAUAUGCAUAUUUUAAUCGCCUUGCUACUGCUGGUAGUAUUUUUUUAAAAUAAUUACAUUUUCCCUGAACAUUUCAAGUUUAACUCUACCAUUGGAUCUCUUUAUUAUGUUUGAAUCGUGAUAACGAAGUUGAGUGCCAUAUUGUGGAUGUAGCAUAUAUGUGCUAAUUGUGCUUAAUACAGUAAAAGGUGUGUAAAUAAAAAUGCGCUAAUACAAUGUUAGUAUUUGUCAAUUUGUAUCGACUUUGACUUUGCCUUUAUAAUAUGUGUGAAAUGGUCAAAAUUAUUUCAAUCUAAAAUGCCUUUAUCAUAUUUGCUUUCAACAUAUCAUUUCCCGUAGUAUGACAUCAUAUUGGUAUGGAUCGAUAGAUUGUAAUCCUAUCAUCCAAUCAUCCCAUAAAUUAUUUAUAAUUAUUAAUAAAGUAUUUGUUCUCAACUUUUGACAGGUUAUACUACUCCUGCUAAAUUCAAUACAUAAAAUAUAGUAUUAGUACCAAUCUUUAACUACAACGAUUUGAAACGAUUUCCUUCAACAUUCUAUUCGCUUGAUAUUUACAUUAAAUACAUUAAAUUAAUUGAAAUACAGCUGAGCCUCGUUAACUCGAACUGUUCUAACUCCAAGACCUUGUAUAAAAUUCGAGAUAUAUCGUCGGUCACGGACAAAUUUCACACCAAAUAAUCGAACUUGCUUAAAUCAUAUGCUCUCAUAACUCGAAGGUUUCCCAUGAUCCCGCCGACUUCGAGAUAACGAGGUUCGACUAUACACAUACUAUUAUAUAUAUCAACAUUCGUAUUGACAGUGACACAUGUUUUCCAUAAUGUAUUUAAUGAUAUAAAUGACAGUGUUAAACAUUUACCAAUUUUUUACAAAUGCAUUUACUGAAAAUAAAUUUUCACGAACAACCAGUU